UCCAGCGAAUGCAGCCGCAUCCAUCCUUUCCUCCCGCCACCCCCACCCACCCAGUGCAACUCUCUCUCCCCUCCCAGGGUGGCAGGUUGGCCCUGCGUGGACCAUGACACCCCCCUUCACCUCUGCACCCCUUCCUCUCACGCCGGGCACCGCGGACGGGGAGCAACGCGUUGGCGAGCACCCUGCAACCAAGUCCUUCCCCACCCGGGUCUGAUGGAGCGCAGAGGACACACACAUGCCGUGGAUUUAUCUCCAGCAAACUGAACGAGAGGGUACUUGAAAGUUGAGAGUGCCUCUGCCGCAGCGGAACCGGCAUCCCGCCGCCUCUAGCAGUAUCUCCGCACCUCCCCAUUCCCCCUCCCCAGCCCCCAGCCAAUGCACCCUUGUCGACCAGGUCAAAUUGGGGAGGAGAGGAUGCCCUGGUUACAAACGGGCUAACAACGUCCGUCCUGAAGGCAGGCGCUGAAAGCUGGUGUAACUCCGGGCGGCUCGGGCAGGCAGGCAGGCAGCAUCUCUGGAGGAGGGGAGGGGAGAGAGGAGGAGGUCUGGGGGUUUCUUCCAGACCUGGUUACUUACUUGUCCUGCUGGGACUACCCAACGCAUGAACUAAACCAGCGACCUGUGCACGUCGUGGUACCACAUCUCGCCGCUCCCGGGGUGUUCCUCGACCCGCCCAGCCCAACCCAACCCAACCCAACCCAACCCUCACUACAAACCGUCGCGGCUUGCUUUUGAAGAAGGGUUUUAGCGGCAGCGUUGCACGACAGAGGAGAGAGACCUCUGUGUCUGCACCGGGGAUCCGCCUGGGAUUCUGUGCGCAGAGUCACCUGCAGAGAGGAAGAGGUCGCCGUCUCCAGUUCACCUGCUGAGAUCUUCCCAGUGACCGGACCCUGAGAUCAGGGGGGGAGAGGGGGGCGUGGACAAGUUGCCCCAGUUGGGGCCCAUAUGACCCCGCAGAGCCGCGAUUGCACCCUCUCCACGCAACUCUGAAUUGUGCCUUUCUCCCAAGUGCCGUCCACUCGUUUGACUUCGCGUCAGGACCACCGGCUCCCAUCGAUUGAUGGCUUCCCUUCGCAGGGUGAAGGGGCUCCUGAUACUCAACCUGGUGGCCGUGGUGGGCUUCUUGCUUUUCCUGGCCCGGUGCAGGGCUCCGCUCAAGGGCUGGGAGGCGGUGCAGGCGGUGCAGAGCCGAGCCGAGUCCAGCAACCUGUCGUACCGUGGCUCGCCUCCUGUCCAGCAAGCGGUGCUGAAGAGGCUGUCCCUCCUGGAGGACAUCGUCUACCGCCAACUCAAUGGAUUGUCAAAGUCUCUCGGGCUCAUUGAGGGAUUUGGUGGACGAGGUCAGGGAGGGUUGCCAUCUACACUCACGACUGAAGAGGAACGAGAAGCUGUAGGAGCAUAUGAGAAAUAUGGAUACAACACCUACCUGAGCAACAGGAUUUCUCUGGAUCGAUCCAUCCCAGACUAUCGACCGAGCAAGUGCAAAGAAUUAAGCUACCCCAAGAAGCUGCCGCAGAUUUCCCUUAUUUUCAUCUUUGUGAAUGAAGCUUUGUCGGUCAUCCUACGCUCCGUGCACAGUGCAGUGAACCACACGCCAGCCCAUCUAUUGAAAGAAAUCAUCCUGGUAGAUGACAACAGUGAUGACGAAGAACUGAAGGCACCGCUGGAGGAGUACGUCCACAAGCGAUACCCUGGCCUGGUGAAGGUGGUGCGCAAUCAGAAACGGGAAGGGUUGAUCCGAGCUCGUAUCCAGGGAUGGAAGGCAGCAACGGCACUUAUCACAGGGUUCUUCGACGCCCAUGUGGAGUUUAGUGCAGGCUGGGUUGAACCAAUCCUGGCCAGGAUCAAAGAAGACAGAAAGCGAAUAAUUCUUCCUUCCAUUGACAACAUCAAGCACGAGACAUUUGAGGUGCAACGUUAUGAGAAUAGUGCCCAUGGUUACAGCUGGGAGCUCUGGUGCAUGUACAUUAGUCCUCUGAAGGAAUGGUGGGAACAAGCAGACCCUACUUUGCCGAUCAGGACUCCUGCCAUGAUUGGCUGCUCGUUUGUGGUGAACAGGUUGUUUUUUGGUGAGAUCGGCCUGCUGGACAAUGGAAUGGAUGUUUAUGGCGGGGAGAACAUCGAACUGGGGAUAAAGGUCUGGCUGUGUGGUGGAAGUAUGGAGGUGCUCCCUUGCUCCAGAGUGGCUCACAUAGAACGCAUUAAAAAACCGUACAAUAGCGACAUAGGAUUUUACACCAAAAGAAAUUCACUCCGGGUAGCUGAAGUGUGGAUGGAUGACUACAAAUCCCAUGUGUAUAUGGCGUGGAAUAUCCCCAUGGAUAAUCCAGGGAUCGACAUUGGCGAUAUUUCCGAAAGAGUGGCUUUGAGAAAACAACUAAAUUGUAAGAAUUUCCAGUGGUAUCUGGACAAUGUGUACCCAGAGAUGAGGAGAUACAAUAAUACUGUGGCAUAUGGAGAGGUUCGUAACAACAAAGCAAAAGAUUUUUGCCUGGAUCAAGGUCCAGCUGAGAACCACACAGCCAUUGUGUAUCCGUGCCAUGGGAUGUCUCCUCAGCUGGUCAGAUAUACAAAAGAAAGAUACAUAAACCUUGGAACCUUGGGGUCUGUUGUUAAGCUGCCGGACACCCAAUGCCUGGUGGACAACAGGAAGAGUCGACAUCCUCAGCUUAUAGAUUGUGAGAGAGUGAAAAACGUUUACCUGAAGUCUUGGCGUUUUGUCCAGAAUGGAUCGAUCCUUAACCUGGAAACUGGCCGUUGCUUAGAGGUGGAAAGCAACAAGAAGGCUGAUUUUGGGCUGGAGUUGGUUUUACAGCAAUGUACAGGACAGAAAUGGACAAUUAAAAAUGUCUUGAAGCAAGCGACCUAAAGCUGAACUGGCACAAUCCAAAGAAAACUGGAUCCCUCAGCAACUGAAUGACUAAAAAAACAACAUCUGAGUGAUAUUCUGACAGGCCUGGGGAAGAGAACGCCCUUAAGGCCUCCAACAUAUUUGAGUGAAAACACAAACUCAAAGUGGGUUUAAUCUUCAAGCUUCUGGGCUUUUAUUUUUAUUUUGAGAUUUUAAAAUAAGAUCUUAUUUUCAGUGAAUGUUAUAUAUAAUCAAAUGGGGAAAAUGUUGAGAAAUAUCUGUUCAAUAAAUUAAUAAUUCCAUGUGAUUAAAAUUGAUUGGUACACACUGUAAAAUGCUUCUGUCAAAGCUAACCAUUGAUAAGUGGAACUCAAUGAGAUGUGAACUGCUGUUACCUCUUGACAACCAUUAUCAUUUGGGAUUUUGUGCCGACUCUCAGCCUUUUGAGGGCUGGUCUGAGUGUGGUCAUUGAGAUUCCAAUGUGCAUGAAUCCAUUAUGUGUUUAGCUGCUUUCACAUUUGACAUUACUUUUCCAAGUACUGGUGCUAACGUACAUUGACUACAAAUGCCGUGAGGGAUUUUUGAAUUGAAAACUGAUGGAGCACAUUGAUUUGGAAUUGGAGUGAUGAUAUUUUGUCAUGUGGGGCUUUGAACUAACUUUGCUAAAUCCGCUCUCAGUGCUCUCGCCAGUUACCUUGUUGAAUUCACAUUAUUUCUGGGUACAGUGGUUCUCUUAGUAUUAGAGCUGCUUUGCAAACGAAAGAAGGAAAGAAAGAAGGAAUAAAAUGGACCCCUGAGCGACAUCAACUAAAAGGGUGAGGACCACUGCAUCCAGCAGCUCUAACCGUCACUCGAAAUCUGGCACAAGUAUCGAUUUCCAACUUGUAUUGUCAGGAAUUUGCUUGUAUCAAUAUUGUCUGUAUGUUGUCGUAAAAGUGAAAUAAAGAUGUGGCAGAGACACUAAAAUAUACAAAACAGUUGGAAAAGA